AUGGCUUUGCAAUGCCUUGUAGACUGGAAGGGACGGCCGGUUAACCCCCAAAGGCAAGGUGGCGUAAAAGCCACCAUGUUCAUCUACUUCCUGGUUGUGAUGACGAACAUUGGAAACAUCCCGAUGCUGUUGAACGUGGUGAGCUACCUGCAUGGCAAGAUGCAUAUGGGCAUCGCCGACGCCUCCACCACUGCCACUAACUUCUUCGGUGCAAUCUGCGUCUUCACCUUCUUUGAUGCUUUUAUCUCCGACUCCUACGUCAAACGUUUCUACACCAUCCUCAAAUUCGCACCCAUCGAGAUUGUGGGUGGUUACAUGCUGCUAGCAUGCCAAGCUCACUUCCCGUCGCUGCACCCGCCACCGUGCGACAUCGUGAACCACCCCAGCGAGUGCACGACGGUGAGCGGCCGGAACCUGAGCCUGCUGACGCUGGGCCUGUACGUGAUCCGGAUUGGCGAGGGCGCCGUGCGGGUAUGCGCGGCGGCGCUGGGCGGCGACCAGUUCGAUGGCGACGACCCGCGGGAGCUCCGCGGCAAGGCCAGCUUCUUCAACUGGUACGCCUUCUGCAUCUCGCUGGGCGGAUUCGUGGGGCUGGUGUUCGUGGUGUGGGUGCAGAACAACGAGGGCUGGGACCUCGGCUUCGUGCUGUCCGCGCUCGUCGCGCUCCUCGGCACCCUCGUCCUCGUCGCCGGCCUGCCUUUCUACCGCCACCAGAAGCCCACUGGGAGCCCCCUCACAAGAAUGCUUCAGGUAGACAUCAUAUAG